AUGGGGAGUGUAUUUUUCAUUUCCCUCCUGCUGUCAACUGCAUUGGUGAACGCUGAAAGCCAACAUGUUCCAAAAACGGAAAAUGAUCUGAAGACGUCGGCUACUGUUUAUGGAGGUUAUGGUCUAGGAGGUCUAGGUGGAGGCUUUAUCGGUGGAGGAGGUUUAGGAGGUCUAGGUGGAGGUUUUAUCGGGGGAGGUGGUUUAGGAGGUCUAGGUGGAGGCUUUAUCGGUGGAAGUGGUCUCGGUUUUGGAGGAGGAGGAUUAGCUAUUCAGGCUGUUCCUGUGGCUGUUGGAGGUUUGGGAGGAGGUUUUGGCGGUGGUUUUGGAGGAGGUGCAGGAGGAGGUUUUGGAGGAGGCGGAGGGGGAGGUUUUGGAGGUGGUUUCGGAGGAGGACUAGGAGGUGGUUUUGGCGGAGGUGCUGGAGGUGGUUUUGGCGGAGGUGCUGGAGGUGGUUUUGGAGGUGGUUAUGGAGGAGGAUCCGGAAUUCUUGCUGUGCCGCUAAGUCUACGAAUAUAUGGAGUUUCCAGAAAGAAGAAACAUUUUUAUUUAGAUGGUGAUAUAAAAGGAAGAGUUAGAGAACAGAUAUCAGAACUCAGCGGAGUCUUGGUAUCAGAAACUGAACACACAAUGAACAAAGCGAGUGUAUGUUUCAUUUCCCUCCUGCUGUCAACUGCAUUGGUGAACGCUGAAAGCCAACAUGUUCCAAAAACGGAAAAUGAUCUGAAGACGUCGGCUACUGUUUAUGGAGGUUAUGGUCUAGGAGGUCUAGGUGGAGGCUUUAUCGGUGGAGGUGGUCUAGGAGGUCUAGGUGGAGGUUUUAUCGGGGGAGGUGGUUUAGGAGGUCUAGGUGGAGGCUUUAUCGGUGGAAGUGGUCUCGGUUUUGGAGGAGGAGGAUUAGCUAUUCAGGCUGUUCCUGUGGCUGUUGGUGGUUUAGGAGGUGGAUUGGGAGGAGGGUUUGGUGGUGGUUUUGGAGGAGGCGCAGGAGGAGGUUUUGGAGGAGGCGCAGGAGGAGGUUUUGGAGGAGGCGCAGGGGGAGGUUUUGGAGGAGGCAUAGGAGGUGGUUUCGGAGGAGGUGCUGGAGGUGGUUUUGGAGGUGGCUAUGGAUGUUGUUAUGGAGGAGGAUCCGGAAUUCUUGCUGUGCCGCUAAGUCUAGGAAUAUAUGGAGGUGGUAGCAGAAUAUGGUGGGACUAG